UUCAUCAUCUUUGAAAUGCUUUGUUUUAUCAUAGGUUAUCAUCUGGCUCAGGUGUGUUAUAGGGAGUAUCCAACUGUUCCUCGUAUAGCUCUCUGGAUCAUGAUUGAGAUUGCUAUCAUUGGAUCAGAUAUUCAAGAAGUGGUUGGAUCUGCAGUGGCAAUCAAUCUGCUGUCCAAUAACAAGAUACCAAUUUAUGCAGGCUGCCUUAUCACUGGUGUAGACACAUUUACAUUCCUCUUCUUAGAAAGUGCAGGUCUGCGCAAAUUAGAAGCAUUAUUUGGAGCCCUGAUUACAACUAUGGGAGGAGCUUUUCUUUACAUGUACAUUGUUGUAGCUCCAGAUCAAGGUGAGAUCUUGAAGGGUAUGUGGUUUCCAUGGUGUGAAGGAUGUCAUCUACCAGCUAUUCAACAAGCUGUAGGCAUUGUUGGGGCUGUCAUCAUGCCCCAUAAUAUCUACCUCCAUUCUGCUCUAGUACUGACUCGCAAGGUGGAUCACAAAGAUAAGAGCGAGGUUCGAGAAAGCAACAUGUAUUAUUCAAUAGAAUCAGCUAUUGCAUUGUUUAUAUCAUUUCUUAUCAACCUGUUUGUUGUGGCUGUCUUUGCUGCUGCAUUUUAUCCUUCCCAGGAUGCAACACUCCUCAAUGCUGGUAAAUUGAUUCAUGAUAAAUACGGUAAUGUGAUGAAAAUUAUAUGGGGCAUUGGUCUCCUUGCUGCUGGACAGAGCUCAACAAUGACGGGCACUUAUGCUGGUCAAUUUGCAAUGGAGGGUUUCUUAGGUAUCAAAUGGGCCAAGUGGAAAAGAGUUUUACUGACUAGAUCUAUCGCCAUGGUACCCACUCUCCUGGUGGCUGUUCUUGCAGGGAAUACUCUGGAUGAACUCAAUUCUAUUAUCAAUGUCAUUCAGAGUAUACAACUUCCAUUUGCUCUUCUACCUAUUCUCUACUUUACCAGCCAGGAGAGACUCAUGGGAGAGUUUAAAAACUCAAGGUUCAUCAAAUUUAUAGUAUGGUGCCUUGCAGUGCUAAUCAUGGGUGUCAAUUUCUACUUGGUUUUCGCAGAACUUGCUGACAAACCAUGGUGGGCGUAUUUCCUCAUGAGUAUAUUGGGUGUGAUUUAUGUUAUAUUUGUAGGAUAUUUGGCAUUUGGCAUUGAACUAUCACACAAGAUUAAGUGCUGGACACUUAAAAUGGCAGGAAGGAUGGAAUAUACCAGACUAGAAGAGGACUUUGUGACAAGAAGACCCCGCUAUCCUCAGACCCCUCCCUUACCCCAGGAGAGAACAGAAGAUGGGGAAGGUAUUCAGUGAUAAUGACUACACCAGAAAGGAUAGAGAAGAAUUUUUAGACACACUUGCUAAUUACUUGUAUUUUUAUACUAAUUUGAUAAGUUAAAAUUGUUUUCAUGCGGAAGUGUCACAUCGUCGCUGAGGUAACAAGACCUUAUAUUGUAAAGUUUUUGAUAAAUUGCUUCUUUAUUUAAAUGAUGAGAUAAUCUGUAAAGUGAUAUUCUUUUGUAAAUCCAGCUGUCUAUUUCAACAAAUGAAGUCAAGGGAUAGAUUGAUAUGCUGUCCAUACCUUUUUUCUCUCUCUUUAUCUCUCUCUAAACAGUUGAAUCAUUUUAGAUCCAAGGUUUUGUUGCUCCUGGGUGGUGUUUUAUAAAGCUGUUCAUAAGUUACACUCAAUUUAGGCAUGAAUAGUGAUCCUUUAAUGUAUUAAAUCAGAUGCUCAAGAACUUGUAUUUAUAUCAGACAAAGUUAAAACUCAAUCUUGUUAGAUUACGAUCCUUGUUUUUUUACAAGAGUUGAUUAGAAUUAUAUAAAGUUCACUCCCAUCAUGUUAAAUGAGGAAAAAAAUUGGGGUCUGUUUCAUUUAGCAGAAGAAAGGGUCACAAGUCAUGUGUAAAGAUGUGCAUAACUUAUGAGUGGCUUUAUAAAUUCUACCCCCCCCCCUUGUAUAUUGAUAUGAAUUUGAGAUUAGCAAAGAGAAUAAUAUAACAAUGAUCAAUGAGACAAAAUCAGUAUACUGUGUCAAGAUUUAAAGAUUAUGAUUCAUCAUAAUAAAAGAACAGUCAUGUGGACAAAUUUUGAACCAAAGAUCUUUAUGUGAUUGGAGUUGAUAUGUUUCUGUAACAAUCAGGGUUUUACUUCUAUGUUUAUUAGUGAUAUUUAUUAUGUCUAGAAAAUAUGUCAGUAUUCCGUACUUACCAAGCCCUGCAACUGUUCAAAGUAAUUGAGUAAUAUUAAUUUCAUCACCAAAUAUAUGUAAACAAAAUUGUGGUGAGCUAAAUUUAUGCAAAAUCUUAACAUUUUAAAUGAAUAAUAUUCAAUGUAACUUCUGGGAGAAUGUAGAAUAUAUCUAGUUGCUAUACCAAAAGUGUGAAUGUGUUAUAUAAUUUACAGAGGAGGCACUAGUGCUAGUAAUUCAUUAUGUCCCUGUGGAAAAUGUACAGGUACUGUACAUACUAGCAAUUUUCUUGAAAUCCAGUUACCUCACCAAGUCAAAUUGUUACAUCAAAGUACAUGAUUCAUCUCCUGAGUUGUCUAUGGACAUGUAUUAAAAACACUUCCUCUUGUGUUGAAAUUCAAUCUUGUUAGAUUAAGAUUUCUGAUUUGAUUACUAUUAUAGAAAGGCCACUCCCAUUAUGUUUAGUGAGGGAAAAUUGGGGUCUGUGACGUCACACUUAGCACAAGAAAGGGUGAUUGGUCAUGUGUAAAGAUGUGCAUACAUUACAAAUGGCUUUAUAAAAUGUUGUAUCAUGUAUCUUGUGAUUUUCUAAUCAAAUUUUCAUAGAACUGAUUUUCAGAAGUUGUUUUUUACAUUUUCUUCACUGAAUGUGUCGUGUAAUCUUGUACAUUGCUACACAACACAAUUUUCUUUCCUUACUUGGAAAGGUGAAAAGAUGUGAUAAGAAAUUACUGUUAGUACUUUGGCAUUUUUACUUGUUACGUAUGUUAUGUAUUAUGCAAUUGUCAAACCAAGGUUUACAAUUCGUGCAAUAUUUCAAGAGUGCAGCUCAAAAACAUUCUUAGAUAUAUCUGUGUAUGCUGUGUGUACAAUUUGACUGCACAAAUAUGUUUACUCUUUUGUAUUUUCAAAACUCUUCCAUUUAUGUAGUUGUUUUUAUAGUGUAUUAACUUUAUAGUGUUAAAGCCUGUUACUGAAUGAUGUAAUUAUUGCUUCUUAAUGUCUUUGUGUAAUAUUGAGUAUGAUAUCCUUUUGUCUGUGAGGUAUGAUUUUUUUCAGUCCUGAUUCCGGGCCCAGUCCUUUGAAAAAUGGAAAUUGAUCCAAUCCCUAAGCUAUGGAAAGCCAGCAGUCCCAUAAUAAUUUUUCUAUGAUCUUAUGCAAUUAUUGUAUCCCCCAAACAGAGUUCGGAGGAUACUAUGGAUUUGGCCUCGCCGCGUCGCCGCCGCAGAGAUUUCCUUUUGAGCGCUCUAUCAGCUGCAUUUCUUUUCCGAUCAUCUUCAAAUUUGGCAUGAAGGUUGAGUGUGGUAAGGCAAAGCCUCCUAUUGAUUUUGGUGUGGGAGGAGACAUCGUUGCCAUGGUAACGAGUAUUUUGUGGAAUAGCAGAGAUGUCCUUGUGAGCGCUCUACCAGCUGCAUUUCUUCAAUCAUCUUCAAAUGUGGCAUGAAGGUCCAUUAUUGUAAAGCAAAGCCGCCUAUUGAUUUUAGUGUGGGGGGGUCUUAGGGUUAGGUUUACAAAAUAUAUCCAGAUUACUCUAUAAUUGUAUUCCCCAACAGGUGAUACUGGACAAUACUUUAGGUUCUGCAGAGUCACGCUGCUACGUCAUAUUAUUGUCAUCAAAUUUGGUACCCACAGGCAAAAUGUAGGCAGGGUCAUUGUCGCCAUGACAAUUGUAUCUAUUUGUCAAAUUUCUAUGUGAGCUCUAUAUAUCGCAAUGACGGAUGACGCGGUGGGUUCGGGGGAUACAUGUGCUCAGCCCGUGACCGGCCGAGCAUCUCUAGUUGAUUUGACACUGAUGGACCAAAACAAUAAAAAUGCAGAUAUAAGUUGAAUUUAUAUUUAGAAGAUUAGAAUGGGUAUGAAUUCCAGAUGACAUCACAAGAAUCCCUUCCAUGUAGGUGAGAUUGAUUGGAUCAAUCACACUGCUUUGUAAGGCAGGGUGUGCUGAUCUAUGGAUUAAAGGUCAAGUCCACCCCAGGAAAAUGCUGAUUUGAAUAAAUAGAGAAAAAUCAAACUAGCAUAGUGAUGAAAAUUUCAUCAAAAUCGGAUGUAAAAUAAGAAAGCUAUGACAUUUUAAAGUUUCGCUUAUUUUUCACAAAACAGUGAUAUGCACAACGAGGUGAGUCAGUCGAUGAUGUCCAUCACUCACUAUUUCUUUUGUUUUGUUAUUGUUCGAAUUAUUCAAUAUUUCAUUUUUUACAGAUUUGACAAUAAGGACCAACUUGACUGAACCAUAUAGUAUUAAACAGUGCUAUUUCCAUUUGUUCAGGGAGGAAUUAAUCAUUGUAUCACUUGACAAUGAGGAUAAAAUUUGAAUAUUUCAUAUAAUAAAGCAAAAGAAAUAGUGAGUGGAUGACGUCAUAGUCUCCUCAUUUGCAUACCAGCCAGGAUGUGCAAAUAACUGUUUUGUGAAAUUAAGCAAAACUUUAAAAUGUCAUAACUUUCUUAAUAUUUUACAUUCGAUUUAGAUGAAAUUUUCAGUGUUAUGCUUGUUGGAUUUUUCUCUUUUUAUUCAAAUCAACUUUUUGUUAGGGUGGACUUGUCCUUUAAGUAUUUGUGAAUGUGAACAUCGAGUUUAUCUUGUGUAAACCAGGAUAUAAACAUUACAUGGUCAGAUGAAUAUAAAAAGAAAAUUUGAAGUCAACUAAAUACUUGUAUUUUGUAUCAUUCAAUUUAAAUUUAUUACCCAAAUGAUGACAUCUUUUUUUCUGUUAUAAAGUUCAAUGAUGGUUCCUGACAACAAAUUAUUAUGUUAGGCAUAAGGCAUGUAUCCAUAUGUUAUGAGUUGAAAUAUGUACUGGUAGCAACCAUUCUGAGGCAAUUGUUUAUUUUUUUAGUAUUUAAAAAAAGUUGCCAUGGGGAUUAAUGCCUUUAAAGUUUCAAUUUCUGAACUUCAUAUAUUUUGUGGUUGUAGUAACAUGGUGGUCAAUAGUAAAAGACAGGUUAUUAUAGCCAUAGGAGUUGAUUCAGAUUCUUUAUGGGUAUUAGCUCACCAUCGUUAUAUUCCUAAAUGUAAAACUACUUACGAAACAAAGUUUACAAACUUAGGCCUACUUAAGAGAAACACCAUUGUACUUUUUCUGAUGAUGUUUUUCUUUCUUGAUCAUCAUCCAUAUCAAGUAAAAAUAUAGAAUGAAAAUAUUAAUCACGAUAUUUUUUUUCUGUUAGUGCUCUUUGUACCAGGAUACACACGUGUACUGAUUAUAUAGUUAGACCAUAGAGCUAUGGUUAGACAUGUAUAAUUGCAUAAUAUUUUGCCAAGGCAAAAGCAAUCAAUUUCUACUCAAAUCAUUACUUAUGUUUGAACAGACAUCCAUAUAGAGCUGUGAUAAACAGUGAAUUUUAUUUUUAUUGUAGAUCUUUAAUCAUUCUUAAUUAUCAUAGAGGUUUCAUGGUAUGAGAGCGGGAGUGACUGCACUCUUUCAAGACAUUUGGAGGGGGGGGGGGUUCUCUUCUCUUUAAAGGGUGGGUUUAGGGAGGGGAUUCAAAUUAAUGCACCCAUUUGUGUGAAAGCCCUCUCCAUCCCUGCUCCGAAUGCAUACUGUCAUCACACGCCCAUUGACAUUCUGGGGCAUGUGUGUUUUGUCACGAAAAGGACCACCAAAGCUCUGCAUUUUGGCAAGUAUGUUCUUGCUGUCCUCAGGAGAGUGAACAGUAUUAUGGAAAAGCAUGCCAUUUAUGCCUUCGGUGUGCUGUAUUCACAGAGUAUAUGACCCUAAUUGGAUAAAUGCCAUGGUAGACUGCACAAAUGGGAAAUGUAUAUGUAGUGCAUUGUGCACUGUGCACAUGAAAGCAUUUACCAUGACAACCUUCAAAACUUAUUUGAUUCAAUCUUGAUUGGAUUUCAUUUUGAUAAAAAAAAGUUAUGAUUUUAUCUGAUGAAAUGGAGAUAAAGUUUGCAGGAGAUUUUAAAAAUACCUAAUUUUAUCUUGCAAUGUGAUAUGAUUAAUUAUGCUACCAGAUAAUUUCUGAAGUGUUUGUUUCUUAUAUUUGAUUUCAUAUAAUUUGACAUCAAAUGAAUAAAAGUACUUUCUUCAAAUGCACAUA